ACGUAAACUUAUCCUGGUGUCCUCGUCUCGAUCUGUUUGCCAACACUGCAUCCACAAUGUUUGUUACUUGAUUGGUCAAAGUUGUCUGCAACAGGUUUUACAGCUCCUCUACAGACAUCGUCGCCAUGUUGCACAACGGUGGUGUCAUUGUAUCUUGUGCCGGGACUUGGGUUGCCUCUAUCUCAGGCGUCUCUUGAGAGGGAACAUCGACAGCCUGUGCCAUACCACCAAUCGUAUGACACCUGCUAACACUAUCUCUAGCUUAAGAAGAAGGCUUAAGAAGAAGGUGUGUGUGGUUGUGAUGGUGGUGGUGUUUGUUCCCUUCGUUCAUCUCUCUUCCAAAUUUCCUUUAUAAAAAGCCUCUCUUUCCCUCUUCUUCUCUAACUCCCAUUUCUUUCUCUUUCUCUCUCUUCCCCAAAACACAACCAAAAACGAUGUGUCGUUCCGACCAAGCCUUGGAAUCCUCUUCUGUCGUCCUUGAUUCCAAAUUCAACCCCCCUCCCCUCCUUCAACCCACUUCCAAUCGCCUCCUCCACCGCCGUAAUUCCCUUAACAGACACCCUUCCCCCUCCCCCAACAUCACCUCCACCUCUGACAAGAUUCUCCUUCCGCUCGCCGCUAACGGCGGCUCUCUGUCUCGCCCCCGGCCUGCCUUGGAUAGGAAGAAAUCCAAAAGCUUCAAGCCUGGGGGAAAUGGGAACGUGGGUUCUGAUAAUGUUGCUGAAGUCGCGUCGCCGGGGAGCAUCGCCGCCGUGAGAAGAGAGCAGGUGGCGCUGCAGCAGGCGCAGAGGAAGAUGAGAAUUGCCCAUUAUGGACGGUCUAAAUCCGCCCGGUUUGAGAAAAUCGUUCCCUUUGAUUCUAAGAUUAAAGCCGUUGUUGAAGAGAGAAGAUGCAGCUUCAUCACUCCCAACUCAGGUUUUUCCUUGUCAGAUCCCAUUUAUGUGGCCUAUCACGAUGAAGAAUGGGGCGUCCCUGUUCAUGAUGACCAAACGCUGUUUGAACUGCUGGUUCUGAGUGUGGCCCAAGUGGGUUCGGAUUGGACUUCAAUUUUGAAGAAACGACAAGAUUUCAGAAAUGCAUUUUCAGAUUUCGAUGCACAAGUGGUGGCGAAUUUUUCCGACAGACAGAUGGUUUCGAUCAGCUCAGAGUAUGGAAUGGACAUUAACAGAGUCCGAGGAGUGGUCGACAACGCAAUCCGGAUCCUGGAGAUUAAGAAGGAAUUUGGGUCAUUGGAGAAAUACAUUUGGGGGUUUAUGAACAACAACCCAUUCUCACCGCACUACAAAUCCGCCCACAAAAUCCCGGUCAAGACAUCAAAAUCAGACACCAUAAGCAAAGACAUGAUCCGGCGAGGAUUCCGGUCCGUCGGUCCCACCGUGGUCCAUUCCUUCAUGCAAGCCGCCGGUCUGACCAACGACCAUCUCACCACCUGCCACAGGCACCUGCACUGCACAUUAAUCGCCGCCGGCCGUCACGCUCCACCGCCGGAAGUGGAGGAGACGACGACAGGUGCGGCAGGCUCGGAAGCUGUGUAGAAUUCAGUGGUUGCUAAUUAACUAUAUAACUGUUUUUAUUUUAUGUUUUUUGUGUCAAAAUGUUUGUAUGAAUAGAAUGUCGUGAAGUGGUAGUGACAAUGUCGU